GAGCUCGAUAGUUUUAGUGAAGAGACGUCCCCUUUGCCGGCGGUGACUCUUACGGCUGCUUUUUCCCAACCAUACAUUCAAUCACCUGUGAAGAAAUGGUUGAAGUUGCAAAGGCAGGACAAGUUGUUCCUGAGUCCGUAUUGAAGAAGCAAAAGAGAAGCGAGGAAUGGGAUUUGGCAAAGAAGCAAGAGUCCGAACUCUUGAAGAAGAAGAAAGCUGCUGACAGAAAGUUGAUUUUCAAUAGGGCAAAACAGUACAGCAAAGAGUAUGAGGAUCAGCAAAAGGAGCUAAUCCAGUUGAAGCGUGAAGCAAGGUUGAAAGGGGGAUUCUAUGUGAAUCCUGAAGCCAAGAUGUUGUUCAUCAUUCGUAUCCGUGGUAUCAAUGCCAUGGACCCUAAGUCAAAGAAGAUCUUGCAGCUCUUACGUUUGAGACAGAUAUUUAACGGUGUCUUCUUGAAAGUCAACAAGGCAACAUUGAAUAUGCUCCACAGGGUGGAACCAUAUGUUACUUACGGGUACCCGAAUCUGAAGAGUGUUAAAGAACUUAUUUACAAGAGGGGGUAUGGAAAGCUCAACAAACAAAGAAUUCCCCUGACUGACAAUUCUAUUGUUGAACAAGGUCUUGGUAAAUUCGGGUUGAUCUGUGUGGAAGAUCUGAUUCAUGAGAUCUUGACUGCUGGUCCUCACUUCAAGGAAGCCAACAACUUCCUGUGGCCAUUUAAGCUGAAGGCACCUUUGGGUGGGUUGAAGAAGAAGAGGAACCACUACGUUGAAGGCGGAGAUGCUGGAAAUCGUGAAGAUUUUAUCAACGAGCUCAUCAGGAGAAUGAACUAGAUACAUCGACUCUUUUUGCUUUGCUUCCCGUAAUCGAUCUCUUGUGAGGAGGAAUUUUUGAAUUUUAUGCUUUACUACUUUUGCAACAGUAGCAUCAUGUCCAUGGCGUCGUCUUAUUACAACCAAACAUUUGUUUUUCUGCCUA